GCCGGAUCAACCAGACCUUAGCUCUCGAGCUACUAACGCAUGUCUUACUUGUCGCAAGCAAAAACGGAAAUGUACCAAAGAGAAGCCACGAUGUUCGGUCUGCCGAAAGACCGGGCGAGCCUGCGAUUACACUCCGAUCAGCAGAAACUCUGGCUCCGCGAAAGACGCUGCGGAAAGCUCAGAAUUGCAAGGAACUACUGGGAAUGGCCCUCAAUCGCCGAAAAGCGCUCAUCUUACGGGAUUCGAGUCGAAUGCAUUGAAGACCCCAACCAUGAGCGGUCUCUCCACUCUAUUUCUCGACUCUGAUAUUUCUCCGGAACGAAGCUAUCUGGAGAGCAAUAGAAACAUUGCUUUUCCCCCGGUCUACUUCCGUUAUCUCCGAGGUUCUGCGCAGGUUCAGCACGAGGUGGACGUCUAUUUCAAUAGUGUUCACACUUUUCUCCCUAUAGUUUCGAAAUUGAGGCUGUACCAACAGCUUUCGAGUGCGAACCGUAACUAUAAUGCCGACCUUGCUCUUCUGUUAAUCGCGAUGCAAUUGCAUACGCGACCAUGCGGCGACAUAGAAACAUCAGACGUAGAUCUCUACAGGGUGGCGAAGGCUUGCUAUGCGUACGUGGAGAGUAGCAAUGUCUUCUCGAUAAAAGUAUUACAAGCACUGCUUCUCAUCGCAUUGUAUGAGAUAUCUAAUGCUAUCUACCCGGCGGCGUAUCUGACUGUGGGAAAUUGCGCACGGCUUGGUCAUGCCAUGGGAGUGCAUCAGCGAAGUGAUGCACCGCAGAUGCUUAAUCGACCAGGGACAUGGGUGGAGUUUGAGGAAAGGCGCCGGACCUGGUGGGCAGUUAUCAUUCUGGACAGAUAUGUCAACCUCGGUGGUAGGAACCGCCCUUUUGCGUGCGAGGAUGCACAGCCAGAGGAUCUACUCCCGGCGGACGACAAGUGUUGGGACCGAGGGGAAGUUACAGUGGUAGAGCCUCUUGCAGUCCGCGCGAACACGACAAUCCACGUGUGUCCGUUUACUCGAACAUGUCAAGCAGCGCAUGUGCUGGCCCGCGUGCUGGGCCACCGCAAUGAUCGCAGCUCUGAGAUCGAUUUUCGACACGAAGAAGCGAUGCAACUUCACCGAACCGCGCAGGCGCUAUCACAUACAUUGUCAACCGAACUAGAACAAUGGAUCGAGAAUGAUUACGAUCCAACCGGCUAUCUGCCACUGUUCUCUGCCAUCGGGAUCUGCUAUAGCGCCCUGCUCCUGCUUUAUGAUAGCUACUGCUGCAUUGGAAUCAAGGAGGUAGGCGCGAACGUGCAAGUGCAACAAACAGCUCUCUCUGGCCUAGAUGAGGUAAGCCGGGCGGUUUACCACUUUGCGAAACGGAUUCGCUCCUCUAUGGAACUCGGCGGUUCUCUUAAGAUGAGCCCCCUCAUACUCGACUGUCUAUACCAAGCUGCUGCCAAUUUCGUAUGGAAAAGCCGCGAGACAGGAAACUCUGCCAUGUUGCAAAGGGCAAACGAAGUGCAGGGUACUCUAGAAGUCCUUGGGAUGCGAUGGAAAGCCCCCCAGGCAUACCUAUCAAUUCUCAAAACAUCAGGUGGCCUAUGCUAGAAUCUGGUAAAGUAACAGUAUCUGCCAUCUUUAGCCACAUCUAUACCGACCCAAUGAAAUACACACUGAACCGAAACCCACUCUAAACACCAAAAUCUACUCCAAGUUAGCGCCAUCCUCACUCACAAGAAACUCAAUAACAACCCCUUCAGUGCAUGAUAUGUUGGCCUCGAGGGAGGAGUCGUAGGGGCUUUUGGCACGAUGGGGGUUCUAAACUGGGUGGUUGAAUACCACAUUGGACGAGUAGUCCUGAGCUGUGAGGAAGUCCCCGCUUAGUGGCCUGAUCUGGAGGAAAUGUGAAUGAGUGUAGAACCCUAGUCUCAGUCGAUGGAGGUGAAUACUAGCUGAGUAGACUCUGAGCGAGAAGAUGAGCCGAUACUAUAGAGACGGAAUCUCUCGCAAUGCAGCGAAGGGCUAGCCAGAUGAAUGGCCUAUUCUGCGGCACAAUCAAAUGCUACCUUUAGUGCGCCUGAUCGAUUCGCUGUUUGAGGCACAAUUCGCCUCCUUUUUAAAUAGCCGCCAUGUUGUAUAGGUAGUUAGGAAAUUUGGUGGGACCCAUGGGCGACAAUAUUAAUUGCAGCGAACAGAAUACUUGAGACAGGCAUUGUUCCGACCACUAUGUUCAUAUAAGUACAACUGAAACUAGGCAUGCUUAAUCUCAUUUUUUGGCAAGAGAGUUU